CGUGACAUUGAAAGGUGUACCUAAUGAAGUGACCCGCGUCGAAGACUUGCUUACCCGGAAUGUUUUGCUCGCUCGUGUUUUAGCGGCCCGAUGACGUCACGGGCGCAGAAGCGGAGGUGGGCGGGGCUUGCUGUCCGCAUCUGGAUGAAAAACAUCUGGAGGGCUCGGUCCGCGUUCAUGACUUUCCCCACAAACGGACCCCGCUACCGGACUCAUACCGAGCGACGGCCCAGCGUGACCGUGGACGAUGGCUCGGUUCUGGAAUAUGCAGAACGCCGUGGUCCUCCUGAGCGUUUCGGCGGUGGCGUCGCCGAGCCAUUUCAACUUCAACCUGUGCAAGUGGUGCGAAGCGUCCAGUCCGGCGUGCCAGGACGAUAUCUGCCUCUCCAACUGCUCCUUGUCCUCCUUCUGCACCUACCUGGAGGAGAUCUGCGUCUCCAUAUGGAGAAAGAUGAACGACACAACAACAGUGCAAACCAUGUGUCACGACCCCGCGCUACCACUAGAGGGCGUGGAGGCGGGGCUACUGCGCAGUGUCACCUCCAGAGAGUGUCACAUGGUGUGGCAGCCAGCAGAUGUGGGUGUGGCCAUGGUGUGCGGUUGCCGCGGCGAACAUGAAUGCAAUGACAAGCUGAUCUUCACCGACGGCUUCUCUAGGCUGCAUAGAAAGGACGUGGCCGCCGUGGUGGCCGUCAGCCUGCUGCCGCCCCUCUUGCUAGCUGCCUUCGCCACGGCCGCCUUCUGUUUCCACCGCACGCGUCGCCAAGGUAAACACGGCCGUCCUGUCGGACUCCGGUGGCCCGCCAAGACCAACGGUGACCGUCCUUGCGGGGGCAGACGGGAGAGUAGCGUUCAAAGCGAGGAGUCGACGGCCAAGGUUGCGUCCCUUCACAGUGGCGCGGGCUGGCCGCUUUCCGUCAAACUGGAGGUGCUGGUGGGCAAAGGACGCUUUGCAGAGGUCUGGAGGGCGCGAUUGCUGCCAAAAGACACGGUUGCAGUCAAAGUGUUUCUCGCCGCGGAAUACGCCUCGUGGAGAAACGAGAGCGCCAUCUUGUCCGACCCCGAGCUGGAACAUGACAACGUGGUCGGAUUCCGCGCAGCUGAGGCCCGAGGUCCGGCAGGUCACGCUAUGACCACAUAUUGGCUGGUCUUGACGUAUUAUCACCUAGGAAACCUGCAAGACUUCCUCAUGACCAAUGUCCUCAACUGGGAGGAGCUGGUUACCAUGGCAACCAGCCUUGCUCGUGGCUUGGCUCACCUUCACAGUGACACCACACCCGCCGGGGCGCCCAAGUUGCCGGUGGCUCAUCGGGACGUGAAGAGUAGCAACAUUAUGCUGAAGAAGAACGGGGAAUGUGUUCUGUGCGAUUUUGGCCUGGCACUCAAACUGGACCUCUCCCUCACGGUAGACGACUAUGCCAACAGCGGACAGGUGGGCACGGCCCGCUACAUGGCUCCUGAGGUACUGGAGUCCAGAGUCAACUUGGACGAUGUGGAGGCCUUCAAGCAGAUGGACGUGUACUCCAUGGCCUUGGUCCUGUGGGAAAUGGCCUCCCGCUGCAGCGCCGUCGGAGAGGUGAGAAGCUAUGAGCCGGCGUUUGGCUCCAAAGGGUGCGAGCACCCUUGCGUGGACAGCAUGCGAGAUCUUGUGCUGAGAGACCGACGACGACCCGACAUGCCGACCGCCUGGACGCAGCAUCAGGGAAUGAACAUCUUCUGCUCCACCGUGAGAGAGUGCUGGGAUCACGACCCCGAGGCCCGGCUGACAGCGCCCUGCGUGCUGGAGCGCUUUGCCGCCCUGCAGCGGGACCAGGUGGAGAAAACGGUCCCAUCAGAAGGUGAUGACGGUAGAGCAAAGACGCCAGAGGAUGUCGGCCAUGCUGAAAGUGCUGAUCCUCAGGGGCACAACGUGUGAUGAAGACUUUUUUAUGUAGGCUGCUGAUCUCCAUAGUGACCACAUAAGCAGAAGUCGACACGUGACGCCGCAACUUCAACAUCAAAGAACAAUUUUUUGAUCGCAUUUCCUCAGCAAGACAGCUGACGCGACACAUUACAAAGUCUUCUUCCUAAAAAAAGGUCACCUGGAAAUGUCUUGAAAACAACAGGAAGUGGCUUCUCAUUGGUCAGUUACCUGUAUGAAGUAUGAAAAGGGGCGGGACUAUUGUUAAACAGUGCAGCUCGCCCCAGAGGCCACAUUUUUCGUGACCAAUUGCACUGAGCAGCCUGGGCAGACAUGUUCACCACUUCCUGUUCUAGGACACCCAAUCAAGUGGCUUCAAGAUUACCACGCUCUCUGAUGGUAUUUUGUCUUUGCAUGUGAGUCUGCACUAGCCAGAAUACUUGAAUGUCUUGGGACUGUAACCCUACCAACAUAGCCAUAUUGACGAUUGUAACCUUAACUCCAAACCCCUAAACCCGAAUUCUUUGAACUAACAAAGCCAUAUCAACGAUUCUAACCUUAGCCACAAACCCACCGCCCCUAAACCCCUUUUUAUUCAAUUGCUAUGUCAACGAUUGUCACCCUAACCUCAAACCCAACGUUCCGACGACCGUCCAGUGUUCUUUGUCUUAUUGUCUGUCCUUAGCUUGGGACAAAUGUUGGCAUCUAUUCAUCGUCGUGAAGUGGGUGGAGCCUCAGUCAGCGGUCACUCUGUACUGAUCAGCUGUCAGUCGCAGAGAACUAUAAGACUAUAUGAAGCACUACAACAACCAUGACCCCAGACCUUCUGCUGUCUCACAAGGAAGUCCAAAGGGAGGUGAACAAUACCAACCCCAGACAAUUGAUUAUUUAUUUAGCUAAAAGCUAAAGGCCUACUGAAACCCACUAUUACCGACCACGCAGUCUGAUAGUUUAUAUAUCAAUGAUGAAAUAUUAACAUUGCAACACAUGCCAAUACGGCCUUUUUAGUUUACUAAAUUACAAUUUUAAAUUUCCCGGAAGUUUUUUGUUGAAAACGUCGCGGAAAGAUGACGUGUACGGGUGACGUCACGGAGUGUAAGGAAAUAUUAACGCUGCACACACACACAGCUAAAAGUCGUCUGCUUUAACCACAUAAUUACACAGUAUUUUGGACAUCUGUGUUGCUGAAUCUUUUGCAAUUUGUUCAAUUAAUAAUGGAGAAGUCAAAGUAGAAAGAUGGAGUUGGGAAGCUUUAGCCUUUAGCCACACAAACACACGGUGAUUCCUUGUUUAAAAUUCCCGGGGUGAAGCUUUCCUAUGGAUCAGAGCGGUCAAGCGAACAUGGAUCCCGACCAAAUGUCAACCAGCAGUUUUUGGUGAGAAAAUUGUGGUAAAAAGUCGCCACUUACCGGGGAUCAGCUGAAUUUGUGCCGUCCAUACAGCUGCCGUCGACUUCCCUCAGACACUGGCCUCAAGACACCCGUGGACAAACCCCUCCAACUAUCAGGUGCUAUUAAACUCACUAAAACACUAGCAACACAAUAGAAAGAUAAGGGAUUUCCCAGAAUUAUCUUAGUAAAUAUGUCUAAAAACAUCUGAAUCCGUCCCAAUGCAAUCGCCUUUUUUCCCCCCCUAGCCCUUCGCUAUCAAUAUCCUCAAACACGAAUCUUUCAUCCUCGCUUAAAUUAAUGGAAUAGCUCUUUUUGUUGGAGGCUCCCAUUAAAAACAAAGUGAGGAUGUGGGGAGCCCUCACACGGGUGAGGUCAUCGUCUGCGACUUCCGGUACAGGCAAGGCUUUUCUAUUAGCGACCAAAAGUUGCGAACUUUAUCGUGGAUGUUCUUUACUAAAUCCUUUCAGCAAAAAUAUGGCAAUAUCGCGAAAUGAUCAAGUAUGACACAUAGAAUGGACCUGCUAUCCCCGUUUGAAUAAAAAAAAUCUCAUUUCAGUAGAGACACUAAAAAUGACUCAGCAGAUCAUCUCAGCUUUAUUUUCUGAGCAGAAAUAUUUGGUCAUUGAAGAGAAUAAAACAUGUGAAGGUUUGUACAAAAA